GGACCCUUGUCGCUUCCGUCUCUCCUCCCGGAGCCCUGAAGUUUGGCGAGACCGGGAGGGAGGCAGUGGUAGCAGGCAAGGAUUUCAUAGCCCCUCUCCUUUAUUAUGAUUCAGUUCAGCCUGGGAUUUCCAGGGCUCGGGGCGCUGCCUGGACUGCGUGAGUGGGAGGCCUCCUCUCUGCGGAGCGGUGGAGGAACAAGUUUCCUCAAGGAGAGGGAAGAGUUUGCAGGCGGCGUGGGUCGCUGUGUUGGGCUUUCUGCUCUCUGGAGCAGGGGGAGAUUUCUCUCUGCUCCCCUCCCACCAGAAGCUGCUGAUGGUGUUGAAAAAAACCUCAGAUCUGGAAAACUGAAUGGGAUAAACAUGAAGAGCUUGAAAGCAAAGUUCAGAAAGAGUGAUACUAACGAGUGGAAUAAGAAUGACGACCGGCUGCUGCAAGCUGUGGAGAAUGGAGAUCCAGAGAAAGUGGCUUCACUGCUGGGGAAAAAGGGAGCCAGUGCCACCAAACAGGAUAGUGACGGCAAAACUGCUUUUCACCUGGCUGCUGCAAAGGGACAUGCUGAGUGCCUCAGAAUUAUGAUGACGCAUGGUGUGGAUGUCACGGCACAGGAUGGUACAGGGCACACUGCUUUACAUCUUGCAGCAAAGAACAGCCACCUUGAUUGCAUCAAGAGGCUUCUCCAGUCUAAAUGCCCAGCAGACAGCAUUGACAACUCUGGGAAAACAGCUUUACAUUAUGCAGCUUCAUGUGGCUGCCUUCAAGUAGUUCAACUUUUGUGUGAGCACAAAUGCCCAAUUAAUGUCAAAGAUUUGGAUGGGAAUUUACCCCUGUUGUUCGCAGUACAAAAUGGCCAUGCUGAGAUAUGUAGACAUCUUCUGGAUCAUGGAGCAGACAUCAAUUCCAGGGACAAAAAUGGAAGAACUGCUUUGAUGCUGGCUUGUGAAGCUGGCGGCCUUAACAUUGUGGAAGCCUUGGUCAGAAAGGGUGCUGACUUCAGCCUUGUAGAUGCCCUUGGACACGAUGCCCUACAUUACUCCAAGCUCUCUGAGAACGCCGGGAUUCAGAGCCUCCUCCUGUCGAAGAUCUCUCCGGAUGCCGAUACGAAGUCACCAACAAAGCCAAAGCAGCAUGACCAAGUCUCUAAAUUAAGUUCAGAAAGAAGUGGAACUCCAAAAAAACGCAAAGCCCCACCUCCUCCUAUCAGUCCUCUCCAGUUCAGUGAUUUGUCCUCUCCACGUUCAGCAACCUCAACUCCAAUUGCUGGAAAAGGACAGGUGUUCUUCACUGAACAAGUAUGCAAGGAAGAGAUCAGCUCCAUUCAGCGAGAUAACAAGGAUAGAUUGAGUGAUAGUACUACAGGUGCUGAUAGCUUACUGGAUAUAAGUUCUGAAACUGACCAGCAAGAUCUGCUUGUAUUGUUGCAAGCAAAAAUUGCUUCUCUAACACUACACAAUAAGGAGUUACAAGACAAAUUACAGGAAAAAGCACCCAGAGAAACAGAAAUGGAUUCCACCCUAGAUUCCUAUCAUUCCACCCAAACAGAGUUUGAUCAGUCAGUGGAUAGACAAAGUCAAACUUCAGCUCAGGAGCUAAAAUCAUCCUCAUUAAAUGCAACACAAACUCAAGAGAAGUCAACAAGCAACAAUGAGGUAAAAAUUAAGCGUCUACAAGAAGAUUUAAAGGAUAUACAGAGGAAAUUAGAUAAUUCCGAAGCAAAAAGAGAGUACUUAGAGACCCAACUUCAGUCUAGAAUCCCAGAAACAAUUAAUUUAAACUGUGCAGAUAUUUCUGAAAAUAGCUCUGAUCUUAGCCAGAAACUUAAAGAAACCCAAUGCCGGUAUGAAGAAGCUAUGAAAGAGGUCUUGAAUGUACAAACGCAGAUGAAAUUGGGCCUUGUUGCUUCUGAAAACAAAGAUACUUACUCGGAUGUCCAUGAACUGAGGGUUACAUGUGAGGAAAUUGAAGUGCUAAAGCAAGAACUCAGGAAAGCAUUAGAGGAAAGUGAAAGGCAUAAAGAGAAAGUGAGAGAGCUACAGGAAAAACUUGAAGAAAGAGAGCAGAACGUUGCUAGCAAAAUGUCUAUAGAAGAAUGUGAGGAAAUAAAAAAUUCUUAUUGUUCAAUAAUUGAGAACAUUAACCAAGAGAAAGCUUUGUUGAUCGAGAGAUACAAAGAAGGGCAAGGAGAAAUCAAAAGGCUACAAGACAAGUUAAAUCAGAUGCAGUUGGAAUCCAGUGAUGAAGCUCGGGAGAUAAAAGAAGCAAGGGAUAGAAUGAUAGAUGACCUACACAGACAAGUUAGUGAGCUGUCUCAGUUGUACAAAGAAGCACAAACAGAGCUUGAAGAUUACAGGAAGAGGAAAGUAUUAGAGGAUGUAGCUUUGGAAUACAUUCCUAGAGAUGAGCAUGAGAAACUGAUGUCGGUAACAAAUUCAUUGAAAGAUAAAGCUGAAGAUGCAUUAUCUGACAUGAAGUCCCAGUACACACAGGUAUUAAAUGAAGUAGCUCAGCUCAAGCAACUGAUAGAUACUCAGAAACAAAACUCUGUACCAGUUGCUGAGCAUCUUGAGGUGGUAACUGCUCUCAGGUGUACGGCAAAGGAAAUGGAAGAAGAAAUAAAUGAGUUUAAGGAAGAGCUUAUUAACAAGGAAACUGAGGUAAGAAAUCUGCAGAAGGAAUUGUUGGAAGAAAAAGCUGCAAUUAAGGAAGCAAUGGUGCUCAGAGCUUCAUAUGAAAAACUCCAGUCAUCGUUAGAAGGUGAAGUUAAUAUUUUGUCAUCCAAACUAAAGGAUUUAAUGAAAGAGAAAGAGAAUGUGUCCGUAGAUGCUGCACAAUUGAGAAAUGAAGUCUUGCAAUUAAAAGGGGAAAAAGAAGGUAUUCAAACUCUCCUUGAGGGCAAGGAGCAGGAAAUAAAUGGACUUUACCGUAAGUACCAUCAAGCUCAAGAAGAUCUUCUUGACAUGAAAAGAUAUGCAGAAAGCUCGUCAAAGCUAGAAGAAGAUAAAGAUAAAAAGAUCAAUGAGAUGUCCAAGGAAGUUUGCAAGUUAAAAGAAGCAUUGAACAGUCUUUCUCAGCUUUCCUACUCAACCAGUGCACCCAAAAGACAAAGCCAACAGCUGGAGGCAUUACAGCAACAAGUGAAACAGUUACAAAAUCAACUGGCUGAGACAAAGAAACAGCACCAGGAGAUUGUAUCAGUGUACAGGAUGCAUCUUCUCUAUGCUGUGCAGGGUCAAAUGGAUGAAGAUGUCCAGAAAGUGCUUAAACAGAUUUUAACAAUGUGCAAAAGCCAAUCACAAAAAAAGUGAAACAAACUGUUUGUAUUGAUUCCUGUCAUGCUGCCGUGGUGUUUAGCUAGGCUCACCUUAACACCAGAUUUAAAAUUGGCAACCUGCUGCUUUUUUUUUUUUUUUUUUAGUGAACUGGAUUUGUCUCUGCCAAUCUUCCUGUUCAUUCUAUGUACUAUGACCUAACACAUCUGCACAUCAUCUUCCUUCCCACAGAGUUUUCAGAGUACUGUUUUCAUAUCCAAAAUGCAAGUAUUUUUCAGAGCUGUUGUUACUUUGGCCACCCCAGAUGUAAAGUGUGGUCCGCAGUGUUGUGUUGUGCUUCAUAGCUUCCUUCUUCAAUAUGGAGAUGCUUUCAGGGUGGGCUACAGGUCCCAGCAUGCAACACUCCAUCUUGACACAAAUAGUCACACCUCCUGGGUAAAGGUGAAGUUCUCCAUUCUGAGUCCUGGUCCUGGAUAUUGAAAAGGAGGUGGGGUGUUCUAGUCUGCUCAGUGUUUUUGCCCUUGCAUCCUUGCAUCUUCCCAGAUGUGACCUGGGGUUGGGCAGUGUUCAUUCACCCAUGUAGUAAUGAACAAAAGCAGAUAUUUGUGUGAAAUUUUGCUUAGUAAGCCAGAACAUCAAGCAACUAAACUUAACUGUAAUUUGUUUUAUGUUUAACAAGAUUAACAUGGAUUAUGAGUUACCAUGUCCGCUGUACACUGAGUAUAUAAAAUCCAUGCCGUACAUCUUUAUAUUUAAUUGCAUUGUCUCAAUAUUGGACACAAUAGUUUAUAACAUAAACAAAACUAAUUUAGAAUGUAAAACCAUAAAUCAGAUGAACCUCAAAAGUUCUGUACAAAAUAACCCUUUUCAGUAGGUCAGACUCUCUAUGCAAAUAUUCACACUGCUGUUGGCCAUGGAGCUCAGGAAAAAAUAACACACAUACUUCAAGGGAAACAAGGGAUUCUAGUGAAUGCAGGAUGUUUACAGUGAGACUCAGUGCCUCACAAUUCUUCACCUCACUUUUGUAAAGAUCUGCUCUUCAAUAUAUUUUUAUUGGCCCUCCAAUGAAAUUUUUUUGUAACUAAACCAUUUUGCUACAUGAUGUUUGCAUUAAACUAUAUUAACAAAUAUUUUAGGUAACCAUGUUUAAGGCUCUCUUUUUACCCAAAGUAUUCAGCUAGACUAGACUAAAGCAUAGUUAAGUAUUCUCAGCUCGGAAAAACUGUGUAAAGUCAUAGAUCUGUCAGCAUAUCCAAGAGCAUUGAAGUGUAAAUGACCAUUCAUCCUGCUCUUUCAUCAAAUGCAGGAGAACAUGAGACAUUUGUGCUGUCAUCUAACAAUAAUUUCUACAAGUGUCUUGGGCAGGAGAGGGCAUCACUGAAGCCUUUGUCUGUCUUUAAGAAUUAAAAGUAGAAUUGGAAGUGCUUCAUGUGGUAAAAUGACAGCGAAUAGUAGAGAACUAAGGAAGAAUAUUUCUAAGAACACAGUGCAUUUAAGGGUUAAAACCAUUCUAGCUUGCAGUUUCAGUUAUGGCAUUGGUUUUAUUCCUGUUGAUGGAGAUAUUUCCAGAGCUACAUAAUCUAUGAACUUUAUAGACUCCUAAUUUGACAGAAUCUAUAGUGCCUCAGGCUUACUUGGACACACAGUGCACUUACAUCAGAUAAUUCCUAACAAGGACAAAGCUCAAAAGGAUUAAAAACUUUGCAUUAUUUAGACCUUUCUGUUACUUUUCUUAGGUUGUUUAACUAAUGAUUGUUAAUUUUGGACAGUAUUUUCGUUAGACAAUUUGGAAAAUACUCCAAAGAAAUGUGAAAGGACGACUUUUCUGUAUUGCAGCAAUUGCAUGCUUGAAAUUUUUAAGUAAAGUUUAAAACUUGAUGAACCAUUUUGUAGUUUGCUGUUCAGAUUUAGUCUUCUACCUUGUUUUGUUAUGCAUAUUUAUUACAAUUAUCUUUGUGAAAUAUUGAAAAGUAUACACUAUAGCAUAGCAUUUGUUCUUGUAUGUAAUUUACAAAAUGUUUCCUUAUGCAGCAAAUAAACUAUUUCCAUUUUUUCA